AUGGAUGAGAAUCCACCUCUAAAGAAUGUCGAUCCACUGGAACUUUCCUCCGAUGAUAUACUCGGUGUAAUGAAAAAUAUUUCAAUGGUCAAAAAUGGAUUAAUGUCUUAUGAAAAUGACACUGAUCAAGUUGAAAUUGGUAAUAGUGAUGCAGAUGCAAUGUUUACAAUUGGCGAUAAUGAUUUAAGUUCUUUUGAAAGAGAUCUAUUAGACAAUGUAAUUGGAAUGGCAGAAGAAGAAGUAGUUACUCAAUACGAUGAAACACCUACCGUGAAAGAAAAUUUCAGCAAAUAUAUGAACAAAGGUAAAAUGUUGAAUGAGCGACUUCAAAAAAUAAUAUCAAAGCUACAGAAUAUACAACUAAAAACUAUGAGUAAAUGUUCCACUCAAGAAAUCUAUAAUGUGUUACAAUCACAAAAAAGUAAUGCUAUUAAAAAUAUCAAAUCAACAUUGCUCAAAGUUCAAAAAAGGCAAUCUAAUCCAUUUUUGAAAAGUUUACUUUGUGAUGAAAUUAAAGAUGGUGAAAAGGUCUUUGGAAUGCUAGAGUCGCAAAUUAAAACAGUAAAUGAAGAAUACGACUCGGAAGCAACAGCUAGUGAUUCAGAAAGUGAUACAUUAGGAGAAACUAGCGAAGAAGAAUUCCAAUCAUCCAAUUGUCCUAUAGAAAAAAGAAAUUCUUGGAAAUGGCUUCAUGAACGCGUAAGUAUUGCGUACAGAUUAACUUGGCUGGUUAAUGUUAUGUCGGAUAUAGAGUUCAAAAUCAAUUUUUAUAAUGAAGCAUUAAAUCGAUAUUCUUCUCAUCCAUAUGUACAAGACCAGGAAGAAGAAUCUGGUAGAAGAUGUUUUCCAUAUGAACCAAAAACUCAACAUAGAAUGUUAAUGCAACCUCCACUCAUAAAUUUGGCUGCAGCUUUAAAAAAGGGGGACAAGGCAAAAUUAAAUCGUAUUAAUCCCUGUGAUUGCUAUGGGAUUGAUUCUUGUCCUACUUGUGUAAGUCUUCAGCGCCAUUCAAAUGAUUCUGGUCAUUUUUUGAGUGAUACUUUUCAUCCAGUCCUAUCAUAUUCUAAAGAUAUUUCUUUAAAUGUUGCUCUAUCUAAUGAGUUAGGAAAAUCAUCUUUUCAUCUAAAACAAAAAAAUAAGUCCUCAUCUGAUACAGAUUUUAAUAAAUAUUUUGUGGACCGGACACCUGAACAAAGUCCUGCCGUUAGGCAAGUUCCACCUGUUAAACUACAAAAUGCUUGGCCUAACCGCAAUGAUCCAAUUACUAAAUUCAAUCGUAAUCAAAGACAAGCAAGAAAAAGGAGACGCAUACGUUAUAGUAAACAUAAAAGAAGUAGGAUGGAUGAAGAUUAUAAAUAUAAUAGUCGAAGAAGUAGUGAAAGUAUUUGUGACGAUGAUGAUCUUGAUGAGGUGUAUGAAGAAGACAAUUAUGACUCUGAUCCAGAUUAUAGCCCUUGGUUUCCAAGAACAGGAGAUAAAACAUACAAUGCUAAGCGUGAGUAUGAUAUUGACAAUAUUGUUAUACCAUAUAGUAUUGCUGCUGCAUCGAGAGUCGAAAUGGUCAAAUAUAAAGAAAUAGUAACACCAAAGUGGCGCAUUGUUAAAGAAUUAGAUGUAGAUCCAGUUGAAUUUGCUGCAACAGUUCCAGAACCAGAAGUUGUUGAAGAUCUUGAUGAUGGAAAACGCAGUGCUCAUCAUGAAGCAUGUGAAAUUGAAGAACGAAUGAGAUUCAGGACUACAAAGAAACAAACAGAGCGCACACAUAAGAAUAGUGGGCAUUGUAGUAGUGGGGAAAAUACAUCUGAAGCAAUGUCACCACUAUUAGAAAGUCGGUCCCCAAUGCCUACUGUGGAAGAGGAACCAGACGCAGGACCAAGUAAUCAAGAUUGGAACCAAUAA